CCUCUGGUGGCGCCCCUGCCGGUGCCCGUGCCCGUGCUGGAGGCGGCCGCGCCCGCCGCCGGCCGCGCCUGCGCCCUCGCCGCCCCGCGCCGCCGCCCACUCGGCCGCCGCCGCCGCGGUCGCCGCCGCGCGGCCGCCGCCGUCGCGCCGCCGCCGGAGGAGGGGUGGAGCGCCCCGCCCCGCGCGCCCAAGGACGCGGCCGCCGCGCACGCCACGCCGACCCCGUCACCAAGGCGUCAUGGACAACAUCAUGGGCAAGCUGCCCACCAAAGAAGCAGCCGGCAAGCUGCAAAUGCGAAGUCUGUGGCCUGGAAUUUCUGGGAGGUGGUGCUUGAAAACACAUCUUGCAGGCGCCAACACGCCAAAAAGGUGAAAUCCCAAGAGAUCUUACGACAGCUACAGAGUUCAGGCCAGACCUUUUCACGUGAUGAGAAGACCAAGAUCUUGAAGUGUGAAGUAUGUGAUGUGGUAGUAAAUUCGUCCCAGCAAUUGCAGACACAUUUAGCAGGCAACAAGCAUAAGCAAAAAGUGCUGAAGAAGGCGGCCCAAGGAGGCCAGAGCAAACUAGGGCCUUCCGCUGGAGUGCUGACCACCGUGAAUGCAAUUGCAGGCUCUCACCCUCCUGGAGGACCCGAUGCCAAAGGUGAG